UAAUCAAAUAUCAGGGUGUUCGGGGAGAAGUUCGAUAUACUUAUAACGGCUACUUCUAUCUAUCAUAUCAAAACUCACUCAAAAAUCAUCAACCAAACAAAUUAUACUCUCAUCGCUUUUUUAAAAAUUCUCUUUAAAUCUUCAUUUUCUUGUUUUCUGUUCUAAAACCCUUAUAAUUCACCAAAUAAAAUCAAGAAAUAAAUGGGUUCAAAUCAAGGUGGAAAAGUGAGAAUUAUUGCACGGAUUAGAGGUGAUUUGAAUACCAGUAAUGGUGAUAAUUCAGACGGGGUUUCAAUUUCAAAUCCCUGGAUUUCUGUAUUGAGACCUGACCCUGUUUCCAAUUCGAACUUGAGGUCUAAAAGGGUUAAAAUCUCAUUUGGGUCAGAUCAGAAUUCUAGUUCCAAUGGGAAACAGUGUUAUGAAGUGGAUGAAUGUUAUGAGCAAAAUGUGGGCACUGAGGAGGUGUUUUCUAGAGAGAUAAAACCCCUGAUUUCUGGGUUAUUUGGAGGUCAGAAUAGCACAGUUUUUGCCUAUGGACCUCAAGGGAGUGGCAAGACUUACACCAUACAGGGAUGUGAAGAACAAUUUGGAUUGACUGCGCUUACUGUGGAUGCAAUAUUACCUCGAGCAGAAGAGCAAGGAAAAAUUGUCACUGUUUCAGUAUUUGAGGUGUAUCAGGACCGAGUUUCCGAUCUUUUAGAUGCUAAAAGGCCGGAGGUUUCUGUAUUUGAGGAUGGACAAGGCAAAAUUAGACUCAAGGGACUGUCAAAGGUGAAAGUUAAUACAACUUCGGAUUUUCAGAAAUUAUAUCUUCAGGCAACGAAUGCGCGCAAACCUAGUAGAAGCCAUGUAGGCUGUAUUAUUUAUGUUGUAUCACCUCAAACCGAGAAAUCAAAUGCUCAAUUAUUGGGCAAGAUGAACUUUAUUGACUUGGCAAGCUAUGAAGAUUCUAGGAGAAAGAGUCAUGAUGGCUCUAACUUAAUAGAAGCGACAAGGAUCAACAAGUCCCUCUAUGCCGUGCACAAUGUUUUGUAUGCACUUAAUGCGAAUGAAACUCGUGUGCCCUUUAGAGAAUGUAAGUUAACUAGGAUGCUGCAGGACUCCCUUGGUGGCAAAAGCAGGAUUUUGAUGGUUACAUGCAUGAAUCCAUUUCAUUGCCAAGAAACCGUGCAAACAAUCAGUCUAGCUUCUCGAUCUUGUAUGGCCGGCUUUUUGGCUUGUUUAGACCCUGGAAAGAGUAGUAGUAGAAGUGGUUCUAAGACAAUUGAAAAAUCAUCCCCACAAGUUUUAAAAUCAGCUUCAAAAUUUAAUGUGAGAUCGAGUAUGAUGUCUCUUAAAGUUGUGAAACCCAUGAGUGCUUCAGCUUCUGGGAGAAAACAAGCAGGAUCACAACUGGGCAUGUCUAUGAAAAAGGCUAAAGUUAAAACUAUUGAAGAGAAAGGAAGGAAAUUGUUUGAUGAUGCUAAUCCAUCAAAAAAGUUGGAACUGGGUUACAUCUGCCCUGAAAGUGCUUCAACCAUGGAAUCUUCAGCCCAUAGAGAGGCAAGUCUCUCACAAGCAAGUGAGGCAGCACCUAGUUUUUCUACACAGCAAGAGGAGAAGUCUGCAUCAAAUACUUCUUUAGAUAUGGAUUCUUCUCAGCAUCCUUUGGAAGAGGAAAAGAAAGCAGUCAGUGCACUGAGUAUUGCUUCCGAUGUGGAUUCGUCCCGACUUCUUUCUGAAGAGGAGAUGCAAACACCGCAAAACAGCAGUAUUACGUUAACAACACCUUUUGCCUAUAAAACACCAACAGAACAUUUACUUAUUGAAGAUAAGGAAAACAAGAGCUUUGUACUCAAUGUUGGCCAAUCACCACCGCUGAGCGCUAGAAUACGAGAGCUUUCAAACAGCUUGAAAUCACUCUGUAUUUCAACAGAGGCAAACUUGAAGAUAGCUCAAAAUAGCUCGAACUUAUUUGAUCAAGUUGUUCAUGAAAAAUCAGAGCCUGAAACUCCGAAUCUGCCAACUUUAGGGGCUGAAGACAAGCAUGUCAUUCACGAAAAAUCAGAGUUUAAAACACCUAGUGCUAGACUUAGUGAUAAGCAUGAAAUUGCUAAUAUCACAAGUCCUUGGGAAAAUUUUCACAUGCGCGGUUCUGGAAUGAAAGAUUCUCUUGUCCAAGAAUACCUGAAAUUCUUAAACACUGCAAGCAAGGAUGAGCUAAAAGGACUAAAGGGAAUUGGAGAAAAAAGAGCUACCUACAUUCUUGAAAUGCGAGACGAAUCACCAGAACCAUUCAAGCAGCUAGAUGAUUUGAAAGAAAUUGGCCUUUCUGCCAAGCAGAUCAAGGGCAUGAUGAGGAAUGUAGCUGGAGAACUUUUUUAGGAGCCAGUUCAAGUAUUUUUAGCACCUCCUAGCUUCAGACAACAUCAUUGUUGCUGCUGUUGCCGCCGCUGAAACUAGUCCGACAGCAAUCAACCUAUUUGUUUAGCAGAUAGUAUUUGCAUUGUGUGUUUUCAUUUAUAUAUAAUCUCCGUAGUUCUUCACUAAAACUAUAUGACAUAUCUUUUUAUUAUUUUUGUUUAAUUAUCCGUUGUAAACUUCCUUGGAAUGCAAUGUAAAUGUGUUUUUAUUAUCGAAGAAAGGCUUGCAUUUCUGGAAGUACACGUCUUACAUUACUAGCAGUAUUUGCUGGAUAAAGCGCUUGCCACGGCCAGCAUACUCGUCUCCUUCUGCGUUUCCUAUGCUUCUCUCUAUUUUCGAUCUCAUCAAUUUGUCUUGUGAGGUCUUCAAUCCGUUGAUGAAGUCCAGCACACCUUCUGUCUGCAAGCUGAAGUGACCUCUCCGCGGCUGCUUGAGCUACUAUUGCAGCAGCAGCUAAUUCUUCCUUUGACUUUAACCUCUUGUCUGACACUUGCAGAGCUGCCCUUGUCUUCUCCAACUCAUGUUUCAAAAU